AUGCCGAGUAGCGAAUUGACAUACAGAGAGUCUGAUACUGAUGCUGAAGAAUGCAAAGGUACCCAAAUCGUUUCCUCGACCAAAUUGGAUGAUCGACCAUACCAAGAACACCCAGAAUAUGACAUUCUUCAUGAAGUAACACUCAAUAAGUUCAAUAGAUCCACAACCGGCAGGAUCUAUGACAAGAGCUUUAAAGAUAUAUUUGCGAUGUUGAUUGUUGCUUUGAAUUUGAAAAAACCCUCCAUUGAUAACUCGGCGACGGAGCAAGCUCUGUUGUCUGCAUUUGCAAGAAUUAAACUUUUCAAACAGUCUUCAAAACGGAUUCCGUACUCCUUCUCGAUGAAUGCGGCGGUAGAAAAGAUGGCCCACCUCUAUUUGCAGGUGGAAUCUCUGAAAACAGUCACGUCAAUAUCUUAUAAUUUCAAGCGUGAGAUUGCCACACUAUUGAUAAGGGAGUUCUAUAGAGCAAAGUUUCUUCACUCGCCCGCUGACCGGACUCGGGCAGAGCCAAAGCACAAUGUUCUUCUUCAACCGACUCCCAAAGGUAUAUUUAUAGUGCACGCAUUUUGCGUUAAACAAGGACUCAAGAGGUCCGACAUGCCAGAAAUCUUGUUUCAACCAGCAUUCAAUACGAUGCAGUUGUUUACUUUUGAAAGGGAUCCUAUAUCUGACAAGAUUCUUUUCUCCAAGAAUUUGGUAUAUCUUUUAUUCAGCAAGUUGCUAGGUCCCAAGCCAAAUGUAUGGUCUCCCACAAAUAGGCCUGAUGAGAUUCCUAUUGUAACGAAGAAAACAAUGGAUGGAGUUCUUGAAAGCGAAGGUUUAGAGGUGCUAUUUCCGGACUCUUUGUCGAAUCUCGAGAGUGUAUCUAAAACUUCAGUGGUUAGUCUGGAAUCUGAAUUUCGCUUUCUGAAUUUACAAAACAAAUGUGCUGAUUUUACACAAAAUUCAAAGAGUUCAAAUACCGCUACUGCUAUGGUUAAUGAGAACACUGCUACUGCCACUACUACUGCUACUGCUACCACCAGCAUUGAUGAUAAUGAUGAUAAUGAUAAUGAUAGUAACAUCAGUGUUGGCGGCGAUCGGGGUCGUGGUAGCAAUAGUACUAGUACCGGUGCUACUGAGCUUAAAGUAGCCCAGAGCCCAUUCCACCACCGUUAUUAUGAAAACCCUAGAUCAGAGGCACAUGUUCAGUACUAUGUGGCAUCUGCGGGUGUAAGAAUGAUGAAAGAGGACUUUGUGAAAGUAGGUGGAAAAAUCUUCUAUAAUGUCGCAGGUAAGGCGAUUUGUCAAUGGCUUAUGGACUGCACUGAUAUUGUGAGUCCCAAGCAAGCGCUUGAAGUUGCUAGUUUAUUUGUUAAACACAAGCUUAUUGUGAGUAAAGAAUUUGGCACCGGGAUCUCUUCAGGUUCUGUUUCAGAUUCGACCCCAUCAUCCAGGUUCGACCCUCUUUACGAAUUCCUGAAGAAUGAGCUUUACACGGUGACUGAACAUGGUAUUGCGAUUAGUCUUUGGAACCAGUUGGCAUCAAGGAGCCUGAUGGCUCCAAGACAGUUUUCUAAACAUGUCAUCUUUAGGUCAAGCAAGUCUAAAUUGACUUUGGCUGAAAUUUUGACCGACCCCGGGAUUGCAAUGCAAUUCAAGAAACAUUUGGAACAAGAGUUUUGUCAAGAAAAUUACGACGCCUACUGUCAGCUUGAGAUUUUUGAUAAGAAAGCUGCAAGCAUUUUGAAUACACAAGGUAGAACUGGUUUGGAGAAAGAUACAACAACUAAAUCAUCAACCCUUCACCCACUUGAACACCAAAAGACUUGCAUGUCAAUGGCCUAUCAAAUAUUUAAUACGUUUAUUAGUGGCGAUUCACCGUUGACGGUGAAUAUUGACUACAAACUCAAAUCCAAGAUUCUGGAUCUAUUGAUGAAGUACCCUGAUACACACGAUAGCAGCUCAAUGAGGUAUGAGGAAACUGAGAAAGAAAAAGAAAAAAGAAAAGAAAAAGAAAAAGAAAAAGGUGAAAACGAGGACAGUUGCAGUAUUAGUAGUAAUGAGAAUGGCAACGACGAUGUUUAUGAUGCCUGCAGAUACCUUAAUAACUCCUGUGUUGCAAAUUCUCGACACAAUAGUGAUGCAAGUGAACCCGAAUUUGACCAAUGCAAAUCAAGUCUUGCUCAUGGAGCCGAUACCUUGUCAAAUAUACGCGAAAUCAAGAAUGCCUACACGCAAGUGCGCAAGCACUUGUACAACUUGAUGGAAAUUGAUUCUGUCCCUAAAUUCUUGAGUAAAUAUGGGUCAUUAUCAAGCUCGUGA